GUCUUUACCAGUUUUCUUCUCCCUCGUCUAUUAGUCUCCGGGCAGGAAUGGGCGACAAGAAGAAGAAGAAGGCUACUAUGCUCAUCCGACUUGUGUCAUCUAGUAGGACUGGAUAUUUCUAUGUCACCAAGAAGCCGUCCGGAAUGACAGAAAAACUUGAGUUGCGAAAAUAUGAUCCUCGGGUAAAACUUCAUGUUCUAUUUACUGAGGCCAAAUUGAAAAUUAAAUAAGUAUGCUCUUCUAUAUCAUUAUCAUACACCAAUUUGGAUCCAUGUUUUGUUAUUGAUGAUUGGCGCUGAGAUGCUAGCCUGUAUCUAAGUAGACCCAAGUGCGCAUAAUAAUAUUUGGGUUUGUUUAA